AUGGGCAACACCCAAACCCUCCCCUGGACGCGCCGGCCCAAGCUGCCGCCCGCCGACAUCUUCCACAUGCUCGACGUCGACCGCACGCACCGCCUCACGCUCAAGGACCUCAUCGCCGCCGCCGACGCGGGUCUCAUGAUGCCGCAUUCGCUCCCGGCCCUCUACUUCUUCGACAAGGACAAGGACGGCACGCUCACGCACCCCGAAUUCAACCAGCUGCGCCACUUCUGCCUGUCCGAGAAGCGCAAGGUCGAGGACGCCAUGGUCGACGACAAGCCGUUCCGCGACCUCAUCCUGCGCGCCUCGCGCGCCGGCGUCAAGGACUGCUCCGUCCACGGCCGCUCCUCGUUCCGCCGCUUCUCGUCCCACUCCAACGUCCGCUCCGUCUUUUCGUCGCGCGACCGGCCCCACACCUCCUCCCCCAAUUUGACCCCGCCGAGCCCGGAGCCCUACCCCAGCCCUGAGUCCGAUCCCCGCAACCCAGACUCUCGCCACUCUUUCCCCGCCCAGACCCACCACGCUUCCGACCCUGACCGCCCCAGGUCUGAGUCCUCUGUGUCCAGCGACCAGCCCGACGACCACGCGCACAGCAACCUCCCCCCGCGCGACCGCUGCGUCGCCAUGUAUUCGUCGCAGCGCGAGUUUUCCGCCCAGUGUGAGGGGGACGACCCUCCGAGCAAGUCCGACUCCAAUGUCCAGGACCCGAAGAAUCGCACCGCCAUUGAUGCUGCUGUCGUGGAGAAUAUCAUGCGCGCAAACAUCCACAAGCUGGCAGACUCGCUCCACUCAGAGGGCUCCAGGGAAAACUUUAUGGAGUGGCUGUGGAACUUGACCAACUUCAAUGAGAGUGGCGUCGUAACUCUGGCGGAGCUCAGGGUCUUGUUGUCGGCGUUGGAGGAGGAUGGCAUUGACUUGGAGGAACUUGUUUUUUACAAGGAAGUCGGUGCCCCGCUGGAGGAAAGUAUUAUUAAUGAGUUUGACAUGUCGCACGCGGGGCUGCUGAGGAAGGAGGAGUUUCUGGUCCUAGCGGAUCUGAUAACGAGGGAGUACGAGUUUUGGGAGAACCGCCAUCUCGAGCGCAUUGGCGACUACGAACUCGGCCGCACCAUUGGGCGAGGGAGUAGCGGCGUCGUCAGGCUCGCCAUGCAUGUCGGCACGCGUGAAAAGGUGGCCGUUAAGAUUAUCAAGAAGGGCAAGUGCUCGGACAUGAGCAGGCUCGACCGCGAAAUCCAGUCGCUCAUGGGCGCCAAGCACGAGCACAUUGUGGCCCUCAAGGAGGUGCUCGAUUCGGAGAACAAUCUCUUCAUUGUCAUGGAGCUGUGCGGCGGCGGGUCGUUGGUGGAUAUCGUUCGCUUAUAUCCGGAGGAGCGAAUGCCAGAGGAAACGGCGCGCUUCUUUAUGAGGCAAGUGUUUGAGGCACUCGCGUUUUGUCAUCGCAACUACAUCUGCCACAGAGAUGUCCGCUUGGAUAACUUGCUGCUCGACAAUAUCGGAAACGUUAAGCUCACCGAUUUUGGGCAUAGCGGUAUCUACUCACCAGGCUGGGAUCUUUUCUCCACGUCCUUGGUGGGCUCUCUGUACAACUUGUCCCCGGAGCAAGUGGCAGGCCAAUGCUACAGUGGAGAAAAGAUUGACGUGUGGUCGGCCGGAGUGGCCGUGUACUGCCUUCUUAUCGGUCGUCCCCCAUUCUUCGAAGCCGAGGUGCAGACGCUGUUGAACAAGAUUAGGGAUUGUGAUUUUGAGAUUCCAGACUUUCUCUCGCCGCAGGCAGCAGACCUCAUUCGCUGCAUGAUCCGGGCAGCCCCAGCGGAACGCAUCACCAUAGAGCAAAUGCUGCACCACCCGUGGUUUUACAACGGUCCAGAAUACGGCCCCUGCAUGAAUGUUGUAGUGAUUCCAGUUGACAUGGUAUUCACCAAACGGCCUGGAGUCGCAGGCAUCACCAUGGCAAUAACGAUUUACCAGCACAACCUUCACUUCCACCUGGCUGAUUCCAGCAACCGCAACUCUGCCCCAGAAGAUCAAAGGGGCCAAGAGUGGACGCUCAAGUGCCUGGACCCGAGAAAUGACAUCAAGUUCUCCGUAUCCUUAUUCACGAGGGAACCGGAUCCAGGACCCAAGAAUGGCAGGGUGCGGUUCCCCAUGUCUGCGCGCUCGAGUUGUUCUCAACUUCCGGAGGUGGGGUCCCCAAUGGAAACGCAGUCUCGUUUGCGGAGAGGUGCGUCGACUGGAAACUCACCGGUAAGUGGUAAUCGAGGCCCCUCAUUUGGCGCUCACAAAUCUGUCACAUCGGCUAUGCAGUCCCUUGACGAAGAGAAGCUCGCAGACGUAAUAUCUGGUGAAGAUGGUCAUUCAUCGUCGGGCCUCUAUGGGUCAAGACCACCAGUCCCGCGAAGGCUUGUCAAGAUAACGCCGUUGAAUAUCGCAGCCCACAUCCGAGACCACGCAGAUGAAGAUGGAGAUUUGUUCGAAAAGUUCGAGUUCCGGACACAUUCUAAACUCGCUGAUGCCGAAACAUCGCGAGAAGAAAUGGAGUCCUUUACGUCCUCGUCAGCACGGGCCCCAUCUUCGCGGAACAAGCGAAAGAGUAGACAUGGUCGCUCUCGCUCUCUGAAUGACUCGGAACAGUUUAAACAUUUGAACCGUCCUGCCGCCGUGGAUGCCUUUCCGUAUCAAAAGGUAUACCCGCAACGCGAAAUGCCGGAAAGUGCUCGUUGCUUCACGUUUGACAAGCCGAAAACGACUGCCGCACCAAUCUCGGAUGGACUUACUUUGAAGAUGGAAGACAGGAUGCUUUCGAUAACGGAUGCUUGUAGCACGAAACAACUGUAUCGAUUCCAUAGGAGCGCGACGCUAAACGCGUUAUCGUCUUUCACAACAGACGCUGGUGCGAGAUCAGUUGGGUUUGGGAACCAGAUGGAGUCGAUCACGGAAACGGACAUCAACACAGAGCUCUUGCGACACCCUUCCAAGGCUGUGUCUCCUCAGUCGCCGAUGAUCCACCCAGCGGUUGGACCUCACGACCUUGACGGAAUUGGCGAUUUGACCCUGACCACAUCCUCGCAAUCUGAGGAUGAGGAUCCGCAGGGUCGUGAGCAUGUACCAUCAAUCGACAAAAGUCGUUUCGAAAGCACCAGACAAGGCGGAGCAAAUGAAGCCGAAGAGGUAUUGCCUGCACAUGCGUUCCAGCCUUACAUUGAGGUGCGACUGAAUAGGGGGGAAAGCGGCGUGUUUCUAAAGAUUUGUCGAAAGCUGAAAACGAUUUGCUUCACCAAGCUUGCUGCGGCUGCGGAGCGUGAAAAGACUAAAGCGGCCGGACCGAAAACAUGGUCGACACUACGUCGGACUUCGUCUUCGAGAAGCAUCGAUUCUGAAGUGACGGCAGACAGGAUGGACUUGUCGGCGAGAGCUACAAAUUUCGAGAGUAGAGCUCAAAGCGUCGCGGGCUGAGCGCGAAUUGGUUCUACAACGCUCCGGCAAAUGUUCACCUGCGAAUCUCCGACCUUGCACAUACUACCUUGCAUGUGGACAUUCGCUGAGUGCUUCUUGUAGUCAAGCAGUAUUUUGAACAGUUUUUACAAUAAAAUGUAUUCGCUGCAUCACCACGA